AUGCUCAAAAAUAAUUAACAUAAAAAGUUACCUUUAUAGAGAUAUUUGAGUAGAUUUCGUAUUUGCACUCUAAUCCUUUUCCUGAAUAUCUUAAUAAUUGCUUUAAUUAUCCCAAUAAUUCUAGGAGUUUAUGAAAUCAAUACUAUGCUUGUCUACCAAUACUUCGAAUAAUCUGCUAUACUAGCAUUCAUUAAUCAGAAUAACAGAAGUUUGAAUUCAAUAAUGAGUUCUUAAGUCUCUUAAUUAUGGCAUAUGAUGAAUCGAAGUAAAUUUAUGUUAUUUAGCAUUAAGCUGAAAAAACUCUAAAUAGUUUACAAAAAAUGUAUCUUCUUGAUCAACAUUAUAAUUUAACAAUAAACAAUAAUCCAGAGAUGUGUCAUACUUAAUUUGAAGAAAAUGAUUAAUUCGAAUAUAGAUAUAAUGGAUAUUGUGUUAAUAUUUAUGAUACUGAAUUUGUAGAAUUUUAAAAACUUCCAGAGUAUGAUUAUUUUAAGAGAGAUUAUAAAUUUGUCUCACUUUUAAAUGAAAAUAUUAUGUAAAUGGAUCCUACUCAAUUAUUUUUACCUGAUAAUAUUUAUUUUAGUAAGAUUGAAAGAGAAUUCACAGCUUGGUGGCCUUAAUGGAAUAGAAUACUUGGUUAUCAUCCUCCUGAAAGAACUUGGUAUAUUCAACAUUUAUAGAAUUAUAAAAAUAACCCAAAUAAAAAUUGUUUCAAAUCAGACAUGUACCAAUUUUUUGCUGAUUAUCCUGUGAUGGCAAUGACUACGACUUGCAAUUUGAAAGAUGAAAAUAAUAAUUUAAUUGCCAUUUUGGCUUCUGAUCAACAAUUACUUGAUAAAUAUUACAAGCAUCCUAGGUUAAAUGUAAUGAUUGUUAAUUUUGAUGGAUUGUUAGUAAUCAGUACAAUGUAGAGUCAAUUGAUAGCUAAUUCAACUGAAUUGGGAUAUUUUUAUGAAUAAAAUGUAACAGGUUUCAAUAAGGAAGAUUGGGAUUAGAUUGUUCAUUAUGUUUAAGAACGCUCUUUUCUCUCGAAUUGCCAAUACUUUCCUAAUAUAAGUGAUUUAAUGUGUCGUUACAAUUCAUUGUUAGAAUAAGAUGUUAUUUUUCAAGUAUAGAAUUUAACAAAUCCUAAUUUUGUGUAUAUUUUGUAAAAUUAUAUCAUUAAUGUGAAUAGGUUUUAUAAUUUAACUGAUGAGAUUUAAGAUUUGGUUGACCAAUAAGAUAUUAUUUAAGAAAUUAUUAAUGAGUCCUACUUUAAUAUUGUAGUACUGUUAUUGAUAUCGUUGACAAUCAUAAUCAUUCAAUUAAUUUUUGUUUAGAUUAUUUUCCUUCCUCUUAAAAAUUUAAUUAAACACUCUCGAGCUUAUCUUAAAUCUAACUCUCAUAGACUCCUCUUUAGAUAAAAAGAGUUCUACUUAUAUAACUUUUACAUUGAUGGAUAUACAAGCAGUAUUUAUAAUAUCAAUUAUACUAUAGAUAAUAUUUUGUUAGGCUUAAAACUAGCAUAUAAAUAGAUAUAUCAUAGAAUCUGUAAAUAAAACUUCAAAAAAUGCAAUUAAUGUUAAAUUAUACAGAAAUUUUAGUAUCCUUCAAAUUUAGAAAAAUCAAAAUUACUUUUAAAUAAAUAAUUGGAUUUUGAAUGCCCUUCAAAGAUGACUGCCUAUCAAAUUUGGAGAUAAGUAGUUUAGCCCUGUCUUAUAAAGACAUCAGAUUCCUGA